AUGGAGGCGAAGGCAGCAGAACUACUGGCGGCCUUCAAGAACCCCAACCUGUCUGUCGAUUCAAAGAUCGCCUACCUUUCUAGUGUCAAGUCCGAUAUUAAACAGAAAAAUGUUCCAGAGGGAGCGAUUCGCGCCAUUUUCGAAACAUUGCGCCUCGCCGUCGGCUCCCAACACUAUUCUGUUCUCGGGGCGGGGUUCUCCACACUUGGCCACUUAUUGAAGCGCCUUGCAAUACAAGACCAGGAGCAAUGGAUUGUUCACCAGGCCCAGAGCUUGUAUCCUAUUCUUCUAGAGCGCCUCAAUGACCCGAAAGAACGUAUAAGAGCCCAGGCUGCAUCAAUAUUCACGGAACUGUGGCCAUUUGCUGGUAACGAAGUUGAAUAUCAUGUUCUGGAAGUUGCCUUGGUUGGGAAAAAUCAUCGGGCGAAAGAAAUGAGCAUGCUCUGGUUGGCAAAUAUGACGAAGCACCAUGGUUUGUUGUUCCGUCAAUAUGUCCCUUCCCUGGUUUCGUGCUUGGAGGACGCCGAUAGCGCCGUUCGAGAUACGGCUAAGUUGGUCGUGAUUGAUCUGUUCCGAAACGGCCCCGCAAGAGCGAAGUCUGACCUGCAAAAACAAAUGGCGGCACGUGGUGUGAGGAAAUCUAUCGCGAAUGCUAUCCUUUCGGGCAUUGGUUUAGGGUCCAUUGAACCCGAGACUGCAUCCUCUACGCGUCCAAUCUCUCGGGCUGAACGCUCAAUUUCGGUGAUGUCGUCACGUUCACACGCUAUGGAACAGACUGAUGACGAGAUGGAGCCUGUAAAAAGCCGCCCAGCUUCUAGAGCUCAUCGUGAGCGACCGACAGCCUCCUCCGCGCCUACAGAGCCACCAAUUGUCAACCGACCACGCACACCGGCCCCGGCACCAGCACCCCAGCAACCGUUGCCAGACGAUGAUGGUCUGGAACCGUUCGAUGUUGCAUCGGCGAGGGAUGUCGAUGAUCUUGUGCGCGAUAUGCUGCCUUGGUUCGAAGGAAAAGAAUCCGAGGACAAUUGGUCAAAGCGUGAAAAGAAUGUGAUUCUUUUCCGUAGACUGACUCGAGGAAAUGCGCCACACGACUUCUCGCAGACCUAUAUCAAUGCAGUAAAGACACUCCUUGACGGUAUCUUAAAGGUUGUCAACUCUCUACGAACCACAAUGUCUAGCAACGGCAGCCUUUUGAUCCAAGAUAUUGCCCGAACAUGUGGCCCUAGAAUUGACCCAAUGGUCGAGAUUAUCAUGCAAAACCUGUUGAAACUUUGCUCGGCGUUGAAAAAGAUUGCCGCUCAGAACGGAAAUGCCACUGUCGAAGUUGUCAUUCAAAAUGUUUCAUUUAGCAUUCGCCUCCUGCAGCAUGUCUCUUUCGCAACCCAGGAUAAAAAUGUUGGAGUGCGUCUGUUCGCUACAGGAUGGCUAAAAGCUUUGAUCAUCCGCCAGGCUCAUCAUAAAAGCACAGUUGAACAUGGUGGUGGCCUUGAUCUUAUCGAGAAGUCAAUUACCAAAGGGUUGGGAGAUGCGAACCCGGGUGUGCGUGAAGCAACCCGGAGCACCUUCUGGACGUUCUACGGUGUGUGGCCGGAGCGAGCCAAUGUGAUAGCGGACACCCUCGACCCCAAGUCGCGGAACUUGCUGGAAAAGGAUUCAUCGAACCCCAACCCAUCUUCAAAAGGUGCACCUGCAUUGCCUGCAAAGAGCCCCGCCAAGAGUCGCUCCGCUUUACAAGAAGCUAUUGCUGCUCGAAAAAAGGCCCAGGUGCCUUCUCGACCCGAGUCGGCUCAGCCAACAUUUGCCGAGGCGAAGCCACCUGCUCCUGCCUCCAAGUCCACUCGGAGUGUACCAACUGGGGCCCCUCUCUCGUCUCUAUCUUCUGCACCUAUGAGACCCGCCAUGAAGCCUCGACGGGCAGAACUUAGUCGUCCUGCAACCGCAGACCCCUAUGCUCGUCGCCCUGAGUCACGAGCCCAGUCUAGUAGUACCCAAUCUACCCGACAAGCGACCACUUCCCCCAGGGCUGUAAGAUCCAAACCAUCAACACCUACAUCAAAGGCCCCACUAACGGCGCCUCGCACUCGCCCACAUGAAUCGGCACAAGCUGCUUCAACGAAGGGCAGGCCGAAGAAACUCGAUUUGUCCAAGUCCAAGUCUCAUAGCGAUCUUAUGGCCGCGAGCCGUGCUCGCAGUGACUCGAACGAAAGCCUGACCAAUCAGCCAUCUGCAAGAACCCCCCGUCACGGAAAUUACCUCAGUGCUUCUGAGGACCAACAUUCCCCGGCAUCUGUCGUGUUGGAAAGUCCUCCGCUUCACGCAUCACAGCCUCUUCUGUACUCAGCACCGCAUGGCCCUCACGCUGACUCGGUUCCUAUUGAAGAACCAGAACCAAUGGUACUGGAGGAACCUGUUGUUGCCGCACCUCCACCUUAUAUCCCCGAACCAGAUGUUGCAGUGUCUCCCGCGCCCGUGUCUCCUGCUCGCCAGCAUUCAGAUCUGGACUUCGGUUCUGGUCCUGUAUCUGCGGUCAAAACCCAGCCUGAGUCAAUGGUGAUUUACGAAGAUCCUACCACGCCCAUAGCAGACAAAAAUGAGACUGCUGAGUACGCCGCCUCGGUGGGAAAUCUUUCCCCUUCAAAGUCGUCCCCCAGCCGCCCUGAUCAGCCCGAACAUGGUGAAGCAGAGGCUCAACCUAUCUCCGAGGAUAUCUCAGCCUCAGUGGUCGCUUCGGCUAGGAAGCCUACACCUGAUUUGGCUCCUACGCCAGAAUCUGGUUUGAACUUUGAAGUUCGAACUCCAUCUCCAACACGCCGGGCACCGCUUCAACCAAGCCCGUCACCAACGAGGGGCCGUGUCCAGCCACCGGCCUUUAAUAUUAAGGAUAUUGAAGCCGUGAUUCCCCAAGAGCAUCAUGCGGGAACGAACGUGACCCAUGGCAACAACGAGAAUGCGACUCCACACCUGGCCCUGGCCAAGACCGUAGACUUGCCCGCGGUCCCGCGGUCUGCUGCUAAGCCGAGUGCUCUCGAAGAAGUGACGGCAAACGAACCCACACCGCGUUCGCCAGAAGCGAGACAGAGGACAUUUGAGUCGAUACCUCCAUCACUCUCCCAGUCGACGUUGUCCCAAUCAACCAUGUCUGACGAUUCCACACGACGCACUCGCAAGUGGGUUGAUCGUCACCGCAGCCCUAGCCCGCGUUCGAAGGACCCGGUUAAUGCUAAGGAAAUGAUUCAUAAAGGCCUAGCUCGUAUUCUCUCCAGAACCAUGGAGCCCUCGGGAUAUCGGAAGCUACAGGGACUUAUCCAAUACCACGGCGACGAGAUUGUGUCCCAAAGCCAGGACUACAAUGCGUUGCUGGAAGCUCUAUUUGCGGAACUGGAAGCAACCCCUUCCAACCGCAAGGAUCAUGAUGUGAAGACCCAGGUUCUGGCCACCAUCCGUUCCAUGCUCCUACGGACCCGCGAGCAUUUCCAUCCCUAUGACACUCGUGCCAUGGCAGCUAUUAUCCGGGCCCGCCGCCACUACGAGUCCACUUCCCACUUUGUCACUUGCCUAGAGGAAGUGGUAGACAAACUGGUAUUCUUGACCCUGCCCCAGACGGCAAUUGUCGGUGUUCUGCAGGGACUGGACCUCGGAGCGGACGCAGAGAAUGAUGAGACGUACCGGUCCACCAUCAUGGGCCUGAGUACUAUCCAACAGUCGCUAUCGCGUCCCGGCGUUGAUAUCGACGACGAGCUUCUGGCUCGCAUCGGCGUUGUGGUAAUGCAACAGCUCGGGCACCCGCGCCCCGGUGUCAGGAAGAAUGCCACUGAGCUCUGCACCUUCUUGAACAUCACCUUUGGAUCCGAGCGAGUGCAAAAAGUCACCCAGCCUCCUCGUGAAGGAUCCCUUAACCUUCUGACCUACUUCAUGGCCCGACGGACUCAGUAA